AAUGGCUGUCAUUCUCGUGAACUUUUGCGCAAUCCGACGACAGAUGUCUUCUGAAAUCCUUGUACAAUCGGACAAACCACGCGAAGACAUGAUAAAACAUAACCAAAGCAAACUAAAAUUGGCGACUUCGCUAGCGGAUCAUAAAAUACAAAAGGCUGUGGAGAAGCCAAGAACUAUUCAGCUGAAAAUAAUAGAGUAAUAAAGUUCAUUGGCUAUGCAUAUGAGGCUCAUUCAGACGAGAAUACUGACAAAUAACACGAUUUCCGAAGAAAAUAUAAUGGUUGCUUAUUGCUCGAACUAAUCGUCAUGGAACUACCACCUUUUGAAUUACUUUAUACUACGUCAGAUAUACUUAAUGAAUUAGAAACUGCACUUGAAGAGUUGGAUCAAAGCAAGCUUUUCAAAGAUGUGGGAAGGCGUAGACGUCGGAGGAGAAACGGAGGACUAUAUGGUGUAGGGUUUGAAGCAGAAGAUCCCGAUUAUUAUAAUCCAGUGGGGAUAUGCUGUGAUAUCGCCUUCUACACUAAUGAGGAAUAUAAAAGACAUUUAGAUAGUCAUGUUAAAUGUCCUGUUGAGGGCUGCCCAUUUACGUCACAUCAGAAAGCAAUGCGUGUCCAUCAGGAAGUGAUUCACAAGAGUGGUUUGUUUAAUGUCAUCUACCGUGAAACUUGCGAUAAGUCAGUAAAAGUUUGGAGAGAAAGCCGUAAACGAAAUUAUCCAACUAUGGAGCGAGUUGAAGCGAAAAAGAAGCUUAUUGAAGAACGUAUAGAGCGAGGAGAAAUAUUUGAGACACCUCAAUUCGGUUCGAUGAACAAACCGAAUUCAAAUGUCCUACGUUCAUCACAAAUAGGUGAAGUCAAUGCUUCAUCUAACAAAAUGUCAACUUCGUCGAAAAAAACUAGUAAAACUUCAAAACAAUGUCAAAUAAAUAGUCCCAAUUCAGUCGUUACAAAUCAAGAAUCUAGCAUACGCUUAGUCCCUACGGAUUACGACAGUGAAAGCACAGAUAAUGACAAUAUUACUGUUAAAGAUAAAUCUUCCUGUGAUAUAAUCGAUCCUACUACAGAAUCUGUAGAAAAGCUCAAUAAUACUUCAAGCAGUCGACGUCGAAAACGCGGACGAAAGCAAAAGGGCGACAAGACCAAUGAUAAUCCAGAUAACGAAAAUACUGAAAAUUCUCAAGAUGAUCCAUUUGCAUCGCAUCCUUUGGUGAAGCUACAAGUUAAACGACGACAAUGUCUAAGUGACAUUCAUCGUAUACAUAGUCGUCCAACGCUACUACAGAUGUUAUUAGCUGAAGAUAUUCGAAAAGAACGUAAUCAACUUAUGCAAUGUAUUCGUUACAUUGUUAAUGAGAAUUUCUUUCAAUAA